AUUGUUUUCUUGAAUAAAUCUCAAAUUCUCUAAAUAUUUAAAUGAAUAAAUUAUCUCUGGAUCAUAUGCUAGUCACGUAUUUAUCUUCAUGCGUUUAAUAUUCGUGCUAUGAAUUAUGAUUAGGGACAAUAUAUACAAAAACAACUUCAAAACGGUCCUUAAGAAGUACCCCUAAAUUCUACAAGAGUCUAGAAUGUAUAAAUAAAUUAUUCGAUAUCCUCUUUUUGAAUAACAUUUUGCGACAACAUCAUCAAACAUCGGGUUGAAAGUCGCGGAGAUGUGUUUAAGCAAACAGCCACAGAGAGCAAUGAACUUUUCAUCGGUUCUGUUCACUUGCUGCUACUUGCACCUGGUUGUGUUGGCGAUGGUCUCAUUGGGCGUUCAGGACUCCGAAGCCAGCAAAGGUGCGAAGGAUUUGAUGCGGGUGCUGUUUGAGGAAAGGGAGUACAACCCAGCCAUCAGGCCAGUGCUCAACAACAGCGAGCCAGUUAAUGUGGACGUGGACCUAGCCAUACAACAGAUCAUAAAUGUGGAUGUGAAGCAAGAGCAGAUAACUGUUCUUUACUGGCAGCGACUGCACUGGUUUGACAACUACCUAGUGUGGGAUCCAAAAGACUAUGAGGGCCUGGAUAAGAUAACCAUCAUGCCCAAACACAUCUGGCUGCCUGACAUAGUCGUAUACAACAAUGUUAUCCAAGUGAAAGUGGAGAAGGACGGUGUGAUCCCGGUGUCAAUCAAUGCCUCGGGCUACGUCAAGUGGGAUACACCCGUCAUAUACGUCACGACAUGCACCAUACACAUCAAGCACUUCCCUUAUGACGCUCAGGUGUGCACUUUGAAGUUCGGCUCAUGGAUCAACACGGCAAACGAAAUUACCAUACAAAAUAAUCGUGGACACCUCGACACAGCGUACUUCACGAUUAAUGGGGAAUGGAUGUUGGGGGAAACGCCAUCGGUGAACAACAGAGUCGUGUAUUCCGAUGCCGCCUACACAGAUGUGUUCAUAGAAAUGCACCUCGCUAGAAGACCUCUCUUCUACGAGAAAAAUCUAGUCACACCAACCGCAAUGAUCAGUCUUCUGGCAUCUUUGACAUUCAUGCUGCCGCCGGAAAGUGGGGAGAAGAUAGGUCUGGCCAUCACUGUGUUCCUGGCACUCUGUGUGAACCUGAUACUUGUCAGUGAAAUGAUGCCAGCCACCUCUCUCGAGACACCAAUCAUAGGUCAGUACUACCUGAUGGCCAUCAGUAUGGUCGCAGUGUCCCUGGUAAUGACAGUGGUGGUGCUCAACUUCCACAACCCACAUCCCAAUGCACUCCCCCCUCCAAGAUGGAUUUUGAAGUUGUUCAGCAAGUAUUUGGCGCCGCUCGUGUUCCUAAGCCGGGUAACGAAAGAAGACGGACUCCAGCAACCCAAAAAAGCCAAGGCUCAUCUCAAAAAUCGACGCCCCUCCCCCAGAACUCACAAAACCGGAGGAGCAGGAGGGGAAAACGUCGAUUACAUAACAGUUGACAAGGAAGACCACGGCCAUUUGUCCACUUUUCAAGACAAAAACGGGCAAAAUUCGCAGGUCGAAAUGAAGGUCAGUUGCUCAGAGCCUAGGGAAGGCCACGUCGACACGCACCCGGCACUCGGUGCUCUGGACGAUAAAAUUUCGGAGCUGAUCGAGCGACUCGUUGGAGAAGACGGCGACGCUCAAGCCGCCCAAGAAUGGCAGUAUGUGACCCGAAUCAUCGAUCGACUUCUAGCAGUGACUUUUUUCUCCGUUACAAUCUUUCUGACGGCUUACUUAAUCGGAAAAGCCAAAAAUGUUCCCAUUAAUGUUACUGAUGAAACCGGCAACCACUAACAAUUUUAGCUUAACUCGCACAUUUUUUAUGUUGUUUCGAUGAUUGCAAUGCUUGAUUGAUGUAAUAAGUGUUUUUUGAAUGAACAAAUGCUUGAGUCGUGUUUACCGGAGAAUUUUAAAAUAAACACAAACAAUUUACCAUAAAAGUGUGCAUGCGUUUUGUUUGUAAUUUUCUCAUCAAAUAUGUGUAUAUAUAUAACAAACAAUUUUAUCGAAUCUAACUUGACUUCAUCUGAAUUAGAUUUUUUGAAAUUGCAGUAAAGGCUUCGUUAAAUUAGCAUGAUGUUGCUCUUUUAAAAAUGUGCCAUGCAAAAUACAAAAAAUAUAUAUAUUUUAUUGUAUUUGUCUUCAUAAUUAAUACUCACUUUGGUUGAUAUCCGGUUAAAUGAUCUAUUUAGUUUAAGGGUUCCUGCUGUAGCAAAAGCCGGUAUGUUGCCAGGGUUGACAGCGGGUUUAUACUAGUUACUCGCUUUUACAAAAAUGUGUCGGCUCAAAAGUCAUGGCUCAGUUCUUUUACGACCCAAGUAUGUGACUAUACAUGCUUGACUGUUAAUCGUGACGUUAAUACUUUUUAUAACAAUCCUCAUCCUUGCUCCCAUAAAAUUCCUCACCGUGCAACCCUGCCUAUACCCUACACCUUGAAUUUAUCUAGCUCACCCAAUUAACUCAUUUAUAUUAAUUAUAAUUUACGUGCUGACUGUGAUAUGAUUCUUUCAUCCAAUUUAAUCGA